AAUGUAAAAUGUAAAUAGCCCAAAGUGCAGUUAAGCUCCGCCAACUACUAAGUCAGUGGAACAACCAUGUCAGAACCCACUACCAUAAGUCAGGAAUUAUGUCUAGUACUACUUGCAUCUACUAUAAAUAAUACUCUAAAGAAGUAUAGUGGAGAAUUUAAUAAUUAUAAGGCCACAUUCAACCUUAAUUCAUUCAUACUGGACUUUUAUAAAUUACUAGAAAUAUAUCUUAAGAGAUAUUCUGAAGAUACUUCUAACACUACUAAUAAAGUUAGUAAAGAUACUAUUAUUAGAAUAUUACGAGCAGGAUAUUUCCCGAAAUUUGUUGAAGUCAGUAAUGAAAAUUUAAUUAUUGAAGCUGUACCUAAUACGUACGAAACAUUGUUGAAAAAUAUAGUAGCUACAUCGACAUUUAACUAUUCUAAGCAAUUAAUUAGAGGAAUAAAUGAAUUACUGACUAGAUCUAAGAAUAUUGCAACAGCAAAUAAAGUAUCAGAGGAUCAAGAAACUCUGAAAGCAAAAGAACUGGAAGUUUCAGAGGAUAAAGAUAAAGAUAAAGAUAAAGCCAAUGUUAUAGAAACCAAGUCUCAGACAGAAAAUGUAAGUGAAGAAUCUAAACAGGAAGAAGAAGAAGAAAAUGACGAUGGGUCUGCUCAAGUGGCUGAUCAAACCAGUUCUGAAGAAGUUGGGCAAACAAGCAAUGAACCUGAAGAUGUUGAAAUGGACGAAGAUAAGCAAGAAGAUGAACCUGAAACAGAAGUCAAAGAAGCAGACCAAAACGAAGAAAAUAUUGUGGAGGAUAGUCAAGUAGAUAUUCUGGUCAUAAGCCCAGAAAAAGAAGAUGAAUCGGAAAAUACAGUAUCACCUGUAGACACCAAGAAUGGAGAAGCAGAAGAAGCAAAGGAAGAGGAAGAAGAAGAGCAAGUUAUAGAGGCUGAUAAAGAUGAGGAGGAGGAAGAAGAGGAAGAAGAGAAAGAAGAAGAUGAGGAGGAAGAAGAAGUAGAUGAAGAAGAGGAAGAAAAAGAAGAAGCAGAAGAAGCAGAAGAAGCAGAAGAGGUCAAAGAACUUGAGCCAGUAGGUGAACAGACUGAAUCAACCGAAGAUGCAGAACCUGGAGAAAAAGUCAGUGAGGAAGAGCAAGUUGAAGAAGUCGAAAAUAAAGAUGAAGAUUCCGAACAAGACAAGCAGGUCAGUGAAGAAGCUGUGAGUGAAGCAGAAAACCGAUCUGAGACAGAAUCACAAGAGCAAGCGAAAUCAUCAGUUGAAGAAAACAGCAAAGAAAAUGACAAUAAAGCAAAUGCAAAUGGACCUAAGGAGUCUGAAGAAGUACAAGAAGAGAAGGAAGAUGUGGUUGAAGAAAUCAAACAAGAUGGUCGUAAAAGAUCAUAUUCUCCAAUAGCUGGAUCAGCACAACAUAAACGUUUUCAACAUAUUGCUGUUAAUCUUAUUAGUUCAAUUCAAGCCCAUCGAUUCUCAUCACCUUUCUUACAAGCCGUCAAUAAGCGAGAUGCGCCAGAUUAUUCUAAUGUUAUAUAUAAACCAAGAGAUUUAAAGGGAAUAUUACGAGCUGCUAAACUGAAAUCCGAUCCUCCUGAAUAUAUUCUGAUUAAAGAAUUAGAAAGAGAUAUAAUGUUAAUGUUUGCCAAUUGUGUAAUGUACAAUAAAUCAGAUGAAGAAUUAGUACGUCUUACUAUAAUUAUGAAGAAUGAUGUUAGUGAUAUCUUUAAAAUGUUUGAAGAAGCAGAGCUGGAUAUUAAGUAGAUUUAAUGUGGUGUAAUGGUAAUAUAAUAAUAUAAUGUAU